AGUUUAGUGGUGAGAAUUCCACGUUGUGGCCGUGGAGACCUGGGCUCGAAUCCCAGCAGCCACAGAGACUACUUAUCUCGUUUUUACCUCAUUAACGUAUUCUUAGUAGUGCUGUCGUAUCUUCAGGACUGUCUGGGUUCAGUGUUGUUCCUGCUCUAACAGAAUAUAAGAGGUAACGUAUGGUGUCACAAGCUUCGUGCUCAGUUGAAGUUAAGUUCAAACUUCUCCGCUGGCAGUCAUAGCCGUCAAUUCCGUACGCAACUCCUGUCGUUGCUUCCGAACGUAGUCAUAAAACAUUUUCCAGCGGGUCUAAGCAUCUUACUGAAAGCUUUUCAAGGUGUUUGUUUUACUUCAUUCUUCUGGACUCGUGUGUCUUCUGGUGCGUGGUUGACGGUCUCGGCAGCUUCGAUUAAGCUUUUCUGUGGGUCUGGCCAUAGCUUUAGAGAUGGCAGAUCAGCCAUUCGGGUACCCUGAAACACCCCGAAGUGGAACUCCUCUGAAGCGCAAAUGGUGGAACAAAAGUGCAAGGCAAAACAAUCAUGGGUACGCUAGAGCCUUUCACGAGGGGAUGAAUGAGCAGGGAUACAAGAUUACUCGACUGAAGAUUUCGAAACCAGGACCGCUUGAAGACCAGAAGAUGAAUCGAGUCGUACCAACAAUGCUGGACAUAACCCUGAUGAGAUUAGCAUGCGCAACAUGGACCGGCAGCUGCCAUCCUCCCCUGCAGAUUCUUUGGAGCGAUUGGAGCAGCGAAUUGGUUGGGGGGUGAGCCGGUUUGAGAUGAGGGAGUUGACGAGACAUGAUAAACACAGACAACAAAAAUGGAAGUUGAGAAUCUUGUCUUGCAGGAUCGUCGUCCCUUGACACAGCAGGAAAUUGGCGAGCUUCGGCAGAGAUUGCCCCGACAAUAAUUUAGCAGCCCCGACGACAAUGGUAACACGCGAUAUUGCCUUGUCAAUAAAGAUGAACUCAAGCAUCGACGUUUGAUGCAUAUGAUUGUGUUCACUCUGUCUUAAAGUUUUCUUGUUAAGCUUAGUUGCAAAAGCGACUGGAACAACGCAGCUUCCGAAUGUACAAGAGAAGAACAAGCUUGUUUCGUGGUGACACCUUGAACAAUAUGAGACAAGACUUCCUUAACAGAUCACAAUUUCAUGCUUUGGUUGUGUCCAGGGUUAUCAUGAUGAGUUUCACAAUUUGGGUACGACUAUGUUAUUGAAUUCGCCGAUAAUUUCAACAGGUGUUCCUCAUUGAUGUGAACAAUCUCAAGGAUGGGACUUGUUUGACUGAGCGGGUAAGCUUCCGACACGAAAGUGUAGCAUGUAGACAGUUCCACAAAUAGGAUCGAGUUGUAAAGCAUAGACCAACAUAGUGUAGUUACUGAUCCGAAGUCUAGACGCCAGCAACACUCACCUUCCAGUUGGUGAAAAAAGCUCGACAAGAAACAUUUAGUAAAUAGCGCAUGUCUCCACCCUUUCAGGAUACGGCAAGCUUGCUCCACUCAAUCAAUUCAAAAGCUUACGAAAAUUAUGCAAAUAGAAAUCCAAACUGGCAUUUCGUGCCAACCAUGAUAGCCUGUAUUCUUAUCAGUACUGACAUAUAACAAAUUCUAGAACACAUUCGGAAUAAAAGUUCAGCUGACAAAAGGGCAGCAUGUCACCUCUAUUUCGUGAGUGAGUCAUUUGGUUCAUUCUAUAAGGCAGAAGGCAAC